AUGGAAGCACCCAAAUUAGGCAGCGUCCUCUUCGAUUACCCCAUGAGUGCCCGAGGCGGAAGCCGACCACCUCCUCGAGGCCGCCCAAACAAGGUGACGAAGCCCACAGCCGGCCUCAAGAGGGACGCCCACGGCCGCGCCAGCCGACACUCCUCCGUGGCUGCCGACCAGCUCGAGCAGCUCGCCCACGAUGCGGAGGCCGAGGCCGAACACGAAGAUGACGACGAGAUAACCGCCCCUCCCCAACAUCACCAACAUCAUCACCAGCAGCAACACCACCCGCACCCCUUCGACCUAGCCACCGCAGGCAUCCUAGCCAACGGCCCCCCCGGCACAGUACCGGGCGCUGACCCCGAUAUCCAUCCCGAUCUACACAGCCUGCCGGCCCAGUUCGCCAUGGAAGCCCAGAUGGGCGGGCAUGGUCCUGGCGGCAUGUCGAGGACGGCCGAAGAUCUCGCUUCCGAGAGUGGAUACGGUCAGCUACUCAUCGACAGUGCCCUCGCCAAGCGACUGGCCAACAAUGAAGGAGAGCGACUUGCAGUACAGCGUCGCCAGGAUCAAACUCUGAACCUCAAGAGAAGGAGCAAUGUCGAGGCACUACUGGCCCAUGUAUCGGGACAGGAAGCUCAUAGUCCCUGCAAGAGCUGCCAUAAAGGAUACGGACCCUGGAAUGGAUGUGUGGUCGUCAGUGGCCAGAUGUGUGGUAGCUGCGCCAACUGCUGGUUCAACGCGAGCGGUUCACGCUGUUCUUUCCAUGAGAACAACCUCCCUCAGCACAUGCCAGCCAUACAGCUACAGCCUGUGCCACAGGUGUCGGCGAAUACAAGCUUUGCCGGCACAGCGCCGAUGGCUCCCGGCAUGGCCCCCGCAGGCCCCAGCUUCGGGCAGCCAGGCGCCGAUCCGACCAUUGCCCAUUUUGUGAAAGAUGUGUUGGAAAGAGCCAUGACGGAGGCACGGAGCGAUAACCCCCACGUUCGAUUCCAGCUCCGGAUCGAAACGGCGGCGCGGCAGCUAGCAUUGGCUAGCGCCGAGUACGCCGAGUUCCUCGCUCAGCAGGGGGGUCACGAUCCGAGUCAGCAUCCCGACCCAGAGGGCUCCGUGCCGGAGGCGGCGAUGGGGGAGGGGGAUAACGGGGCGUGA